UUAAGGUGGAGGUGCUGCACAAGCCUUUCCUCUGCCACCGGCGUACCAAGUGGGGGGACUUGAUGCUGGUUCACUACGAGGGCUUCUUGGAGAGGGACGGAUCCAUGUUUCACUCGACUCACAAGCACAACAAUGGUCAACCUAUGUGGUUUACACUUGGCAUCAGGGAAGCUCUCAAAGGCUGGGACAGAGGGCUGAAGGACAUGUGUGUGGGAGAGAAACGGAAGCUGACCAUUCCACCAGCCCUUGCUUAUGGAAAAGAAGGGAAAGGAAAAAUUCCACCUGAGAGCACCUUGAUUUUCAACAUUGACCUUCUAGAAAUUAGAAAUGGACCAAGGUCUCAUGAGUCAUUCCAAGAGAUGGAUCUUAAUGAUGAUUGGAAACUAUCCAAGCAAGAGGUGAAAAUUUACUUGAAGAAAGAAUUUGAAAAGCAUGGAGCAGUGGUAAAUGACACCCAGCAUGAUGCUUUGGUGGAAGACAUAUUUGAUAAAGAGGAUGAAGACAGUGAUGGGUUUAUAUCUGCAAGGGAAUUCACGUACAAACAUGAUGAGCUGUAGAAAGAAAAGAGUGGCAUAACUUUUUUGGACACAAAUAGCAGUGACUUAGACUGUCUGGUUCUCCUGUCAUCUUAAUUCUGUGCUUUGGAAUUGACAAUUGCUGUUGGCAAAGAAACACUUUGUUUAUAUAAAAGAGAAUUUCUGUUUGUUAUGUACAAAUGUUUUAAACUGUUUUAAAGUGUGAAAAUGUUCCUCCUCUUACACAGCGAAGACUUGCACAUCAGUGUUUUUAAAGUUUUGUAUUAAAUUAUUUUUCAGAAAUGAAACAAACUUUCCAUUUAUCAUUCAUUAUGAAAAUCAAAAUCCAGUUCAGUGACUUUCUGUGAUGUGUGUGCCAACAUCACUUUCAGCAGCUACCUUACAUAUUACUUGUAGUCUGUGGCUUAAUUACUUGACCUUCCUUCUGGAGUGUCACUGCUUAAAAAGCAGUUUGCUGACCUUGGGUUUUUUUCCUGCAGAUUUUCAAAAGAUGUAGUAGAAGGCAUCAACAUCUCUGUAUGGCUGAGAAACUGAUACAAAGCUGAAUGAGAAGAAUAAUUAUCAUGUGCUGAUUUUGCCCUUCUAAAGGGAGAGUGUUACCACCCAUGCCAAUAAUUGUCUGCAUUUUUCAUUAAAUUUUCUGAAGAAAGCAGGA